CACGGAGUAGAAAUCAGCGUGAGAAAGGCUGGUUCUACUCUAUUACAUGCCUCUAGCUACGCAUUUAGGAAACAAAUACCCUUAUUAUCGUUACCGAGGCACCUUCAUUUUAUACCAUGGUAUCGAUAAGUCAUCCCUCCACAGACGUCGACGAUGACAUCAUUACAAAUGAAAGGUUUCACUUCAUCUCCAUCACUAAUCCAGACGACGCGAAAGACCGGAAAAUGAGACGAGAUGCCCGAUCUCAUGCAGUGAAGCAAGCGCUCAAGAACAAACGAAUGCUUCAGCAAGAGUCAAGGGACAAUUUCCGUAUAGUGUCAUCGAACGAUUACGCGAAAAGAUUAGCAAGCAAAAGAAGAAGACGUCCUAAAAGCCUUGUUAUGUCGCCCUACUCCCUAUCUGCAGGCGCGCUUGAUCCGUUCCAGACGCUUGCUGUGGAUUCCUCGAGAUUGCAGGUAUUUCUUGGUGACUACAAAGCGAGGCAAGCCGCUGAGCCAGUAUUUAGCGUCGCGGACGAACUUGCAUUCCAUAGCUUUCGCGAAGUUUUCCAAACUGGGCUUGAUGAUCCUGCUCUUCUGAAUGCCGUCAUGCUCACAUUUGCAUUUGCGGCGACAGAGGGAACCAUUGAUCGAGAGUGCCUUGGGUACCAGAGUGAGGCCAUGGGGUAUAUACGUGAAAGGAUGAGUUCUCUAGACAGGGCUACUUCGGCAUCAACCAUUGGCGCCAUUUUGCUGCUAGCUGGUGUGGAGGCUCAGCGUGGGAUGCAAUUCCAAGUCCAACUUCACAUGACCGCAAUACAACAACUGCUUGAUAUCUGUCGAAGAGAGCGAAUAAAUCUCGCUGGCGGCAUUAAGCGUGCCAUAUUUUGGCAAGACUUGAAUUCCUCAGUUAUGACAGGAUCUAGUCGCAUUGUUGAUCACACCACUUUCGCAGAGCUUCAAUGGAGAAGAGAUCCAUUCUCUCCGAGCUAUUUUCAGCUGCCACCGGGAUUCCAAGCGCUAUCCCACUCACUACCGAAAGAGUUUGGCGAGGUACUUGAAGACGUAUACGCAUUGCAGUGCAUUCGAGACUUUUCCCGUUCACCAAAUCCAGAUAUACUGUCAAUGGCAUACAUAAAUAACCACCAAGCAUCUAUCCAAUCCCGGCUGUUAGGAAUAGGAAAUAUUUCACCUAUGCUGGAGUGCUGUCGUCUUGCAGCAUACCUAUGCUCAAGUAUGCUAUGCUGCAAGGUUUGGUGUGCUUUAGUAAUCCCGUCCCAUGUUUCCCUGCAACUGCUCCGCAAACUACAGCAAACCAACGACGACCCCAUGUGGGAUGAUCAACCAGAUUUGCUACUCUGGCUAUUGUAUAUAGGCGGGGCAUUUGCCCAGACAGGGAUAAUGCGCUCUGACUAUGUCGUACUCCUGCACGGAAACAUCUCUUCCAGGCUUGGAGGCUUGUUUAGGUCAUGGUUGGAACUGCUCGGAAUUCUGAAAAAGUUCAUUUGGUCAGACGAAGCGUUCAUGCCGCAAGUCAAGGGGCUUUGGAAAGAUGUUUCGCCUUUGAAAAUAGGCAAUGUGGAAGUGAAGCAUCGUAUCGGAAUGCCUUCACUCACACGCUUCCGAGCGGAUGACCAGCGCGUGCCGACAUCCUUGAUGAAGGAAUAUUAUGGGCAGCGAGCCGCUGUACCCGGCACCUUGAUCAUCGCGGAGGGCACCUUCGUAUCUCAAUCGGCGUGCGGCGGGUUUCCUAACGCGCCCGGGAUUUGGAGUCAAGACCAAGUCACUGCGUGGAGAGCCAUCACCGACGAGGUCCACAGUAAAGGCUGCUUCAUAUUCUGUCAGCUCUUUGCAAUGGGCCGUGCUGGCGAUAUCGAGGUGGCUAAGAAAGAGGGGAUCAACAUCGUGGCACCUAGCGCCCUUCCAAUCGACAAAGACUCCCCGACACCACAGGCCAUGACCAUCGAAGAAAUCAAGCAAACGGUUGAAGACUUUGCCAAAGCUUCGGAGAACGCAAUCAGCGCAGGCUUCGACGGCGUUGAGUGCCAUGGCGCGAACGGUUACCUCCUUGAUCAAUUUAUUCAAGAUGUCAGUAACACGCGCGACGACGAGUAUGGCGGCAGUGUGGAAAACAGGUCUCGGCUCAUUAGCGAAAUCAUGGAGGCCAUGGUCAGUUCCGUUGGCUCAAACCGUGUUGGGCUCCGUCUCAGCCCCUGGAGUUUGUUUCAGGGCAUGAGGAUGGAUGAUCCAAUUCCACAAUUCACAGACAUCGUCAACAAAGCGAGUCAAUUCAACCUCGCGUACCUUCACUUGGUCGAAUCGAGAGUGUCCGGUAGCGAGGAUGCCAAAGGCGACGACCGGUUGGAUUUUGCAUAUGACCUCUGGAAGGGACCUAUCCUCGUUGCUGGGGGGUAUAAUCCCGCCGAGGCGCAGAAGUUGGUCGACGAAGAACAUCCGGACAAGGAUAUUGUGGUCAUGUUUGGGAGACACUUCAUUGCAAACCCUGAUCUGGUGUAUCGGAUCAAGGAGGGCCUGGAGCUUAGUGCAUACAACCGUAGCACUUUCUACGUCAACACCUCACCAGUAGGCUAUGUAGACUAUCCGCUCAGCGUGGAGUAUCUGGAGAGCGAAAAGGUUUCAAUCAGCACCAACUGA